UUCUGGAUUCACGCUCCGUAGAGCUGAACGGAAGACAUUGACGUGGGGAAGAAAACACAAACCCGGCGAAGUGGAGUGAGGGAAAGGGCGAUGUGAGACAACCAGACGCUUUGAGAUUGUUCCCGGACAAUUUAGGCUUUGCAGGAGAGGUGAUCGGCGGUGUGCAGACAUAUCCCGGUGGUUACGAAGGUUGUCAAUCGGCGGCUUCUCGGGAUGUGAAGAUCAGCGUAAACCCACCUGGACACAAAUUAAAGUGGACGCGAACUGCCGGCUGGACUUAUUCUAAGGCUGAGGCUUGAGUCGUUUGCUUUCUCACUUCGGAGUGUGCAUAUCGGGAAAACUGGGAAAGGCGGGGCCGGACUAGUGGUCUCCCACACCGGGAUUACCGAGCUCCCCCUGCGCCGCUUCGUACCCAACGACGCAGCGGAAUUCUAGAGGGGGAGCCGGGGGUGGUCGGGGGAGCUUCCACGGACGUUAACCGGGAAUUAUCCAACAACUACACCGCAUCUGGGCGCGGGCGACGUUUGUCAGUCAUUCCUGUCAACGGUCACCUGGUGGUCGUGGCCCUUUUCCCCCGACUGUUUGGAGUCUUAACCAGCAUUGGGAUUUGCACCUUCCCGGUGGAACUGGGACUAUGGCGGACGACGACAUUCUCUUCGAAGAUGUGUACGAGCUCUGCGAGGUGAUCGGGAAGGGUCCCUUCAGCGUGGUGAGAAGAUGCAUCAACAGAGAGACGGGGCAGCAGUUUGCUGUCAAAAUUGUGGAUGUUGCUCAGUUCACCUCCAGUCCUGGACUCAGCACAGAGGACUUGAAGAGGGAGGCCAGCAUCUGCCACAUGCUCAAACACCCACACAUCGUGGAGCUGCUGGAGACCUACAGCUCCGACGGGAUGCUCUUCAUGGUCUUCGAAUUCAUGGAUGGAGCAGACCUGUGCUUUGAGAUCGUCAAGAGGGCAGACGCCGGCUUUGUCUACAGCGAAGCGGUGGCCAGUCACUACAUGAGACAGAUCCUGGAGGCGCUACGUUACUGCCAUGACAACAACGUCAUUCACAGAGAUGUCAAGCCUCACUGUGUGCUGCUGGCAUCUAAGGAGAAUUCUGCUCCCGUCAAGUUAGGAGGCUUUGGAGUGGCAAUCCAGCUGGGAGAGUCGGGGCUGGUGGCCGGAGGUCGGGUAGGAACACCCCACUUCAUGGCACCCGAGGUGGUGAAGAGGGAGCCUUACGGAAAACCUGUGGAUGUAUGGGGCUGCGGCGUCAUUCUCUUCAUCCUCCUGUCAGGGUGUCUGCCCUUCUACGGCACCAAAGAGCGUCUCUUUGAAGCAAUCUGCAAAGGGAAAUACAAGUCCUACAACAUUUCAACACAGAUGAACCCGCGGCAGUGGAGUCAAAUCUCGGAGAGCGCUAAAGAUCUGGUGAGGCGCAUGCUGAUGCUGGACCCCGCCGAGAGGAUCACAGUUUAUGAGGCCCUUAACCAUCCUUGGCUCAAGGAGAGAGACCGCUAUGCCUACAAGAUCCACCUGCCAGAGACGGUGGAGCAGCUGAGGAAGUUCAACGCCAGGAGAAAGUUGAAGGGGGCGGUACUAGCGGCAGUGUCCAGUCACAAGUUUAAUUCCUACUAUGGAGACCCCCCUGAGGAACUCCACGACUUCUCGGAAGACCCCACCUCCUCAGGGCUGCUCGCGGCAGAAAGAGCUGUUUCUCAGGUGUUGGAUAGUUUAGAGGAGAUCCACGCCUUGACUGACUGCAGUGAGAAGGAUCUCGACUUCCUGCACAGUGUUUUCCAGGACCAACAUUUACACACACUGCUCGACCUCUACGAUAAGAUCAACACCAGGUCGUCCCCGCAGAUCAGGAACCCGUCCAGUGACGGCGUGCAGAGAGCCAAAGAGACAUCCUCCUCACACCAGGAAGACGGUGAAGCUUUGAAACAUCUGGAAUAUGUGCUGGAAGAGAUCGCCUGCUACCCAGAGAACCACGACGUGAAAGAACUCAGACGGAUACUGACGCAGCCGCAUUUCAUGGCGUUGCUGCAGGCCCACGAUGUGGUGGCGCAUGAGGUCUACAGCGAUGAGGCGCUGAGGGUGACGCCACCGCCCACCUCGCCUUACCUGAAUGGCGACUCACCCGAAAGCACCAACGGAGACGUGGACUUGGAGAACGUCACCAGGGUGCGCCUGGUGCAAUUCCAGAAGAACACUGACGAGCCCAUGGGCAUCACACUGAAAAUGAACGACUCCAACAACUGCAUCGUGGCUCGCAUCAUGCAUGGAGGCAUGAUCCACAGACAAGGCACGUUGCACGUUGGAGAUGAGAUCAGGGAGAUCAAUGGCAUCAGCGUGGCCAACCAGACAGUCGAGCAGCUGCAGAAGAUGCUGAAGGAGAUGCGAGGCAGCAUCACAUUUAAAAUAGUGCCAAGCUACCGGACACAGGGCUCCUCCUGUGAGAAAGAGUCCCCUACCACGUCCAGGCAAUCCCCUGCCAAUGGCCACUCCAGCAUUAACAGUUCUAUCUUGGACCUGCCGUCCACCAUCCAGCCCAAAGGUCGACAGAUUGUACCUAGACCUCCAAUCAAGGACGUAAUGUCUGUCAAGAUCUACGUGCGGGCUCAGUUUGAGUACGACCCCUCCAAGGAUGAGCUGAUCCCCUGCAAGGAGGCCGGCAUUCGCUUCCGCGUGGGCGACAUCAUCCAGAUCAUCUCCAAGGAUGACCACAAUUGGUGGCAAGGCAAGCUGGAGAACACCAAGAACGGCACGGCCGGCCUCAUCCCAUCGCCCGAGCUGCAGGAGUGGCGUGUGGCAUGCAUGGCCAUGGAGAAGACCAAGCAGGAGCAACAGGCCAGUUGCACUUGGUUUGGCAAGAAGAAGAAGCAGUACAAAGACAAGUAUUUGGCCAAGCACAACGCAGUGUUUGACCAAUUAGAUCUGGUCACCUAUGAGGAAGUGGUCAAACUGCCCGCCUUCAAGAGGAAAACGCUCGUUUUGUUAGGCGCUCACGGCGUUGGCAGGAGACACAUCAAGAACACACUCAUCACCAAACACCCCGACAGAUUUGCUUAUCCCAUCCCACACACGACAAGACCUCCCAAGAAGGAUGAGGAGAACGGCAAGAACUACUACUUUGUGUCGCACGACCAGAUGAUGCAGGACAUCAGCAACAACGAGUACUUGGAGUACGGCAGCCACGAGGACGCCAUGUACGGCACGCGCCUUGAGACCAUUCGCAAGAUCCACCAGCAGGGACUGGUCGCCAUCCUGGACGUCGAGCCACAGGCACUGAAAGUGCUUCGCACAGCCGAAUUUGCCCCAUACGUGGUCUUCAUCGCAGCACCAACCAUAACGCCGGGCAUCGACGAGACGCCCAGGUGGUGUCGCACGCUUCCAGACGAGUCUUUGCAGCGUCUUCAGAAGGAGUCUGAGAUCCUGCAGAAGACGUACAUGCACUAUUUUGACCAGACCAUCAUUAACAACGAGAUCGACGACACCAUCGGCCACCUGGAGGAGGCCGUGGAGCUGGUGUGCAACAGCAGCCAGUGGGUGCCUGUCUCCUGGGUCUACUAAAGCCAAGUCGCCCGCCCAACGCCAUCACCAUCGUCGCCCCAGACCACCUCACCAUCGUCAUCGUGGUGUUGUACUACAAAAUGAAUAUUGUCUGUCUGUACUGGCCGGCUAGGACCUUUUUUACUAGGUGUUUCUUUUCAAGAGACAAGUACCCCCCCUGAUUGCCAAAGUGGGUGGACCCAUCUGACUGGAAAAAAGAAAAAGCACACAAACAUGCUUCGGCCCUCGUUAUUUAUUCAUCCCUCCUCCUACUUUUUUUUUUUUUUUUUUUUAAAUCUUCUCACGCCACUGACACUGUCUUGAACUUUCUAAAUAAAUCCCUACAUGUGUUGUUAUUAUUAGGGAAAAGAAAAGACGAAUCAUGCAUGUGGACAAUUUUGGUCAAUGUUCCUUGUGUCCCUCUGUAAAGAGAUUAAAAAAAUAAAGAAAAUGUCAAAGAUGA